AGCGUCAUCGUGACGUUUGACGUAUGAAAGUGCGUGCUGACGCUGCGUGGGGCCGUUUUCCCUCCUCGUUGACAAAGCUGUGCGGUGGAUGUUGAGCUAAAGCGCUUCCAUCGCUGAACUUUCUGACUCUGUAGCUUGGUCAGUGUGGACGGAAGGCAAACAGAGAGGCGGGUGUCACAUUGGUGUUAAAGAGACUUAUGCUGUCCUGCUAGCAGGGCAAGAUGUUCAACAAAUCAUUUGGGACUCCCUUCGGUGGCGGGGCGGGAGGAUUUGGCACCUCGUCCACCUUCGGUCAGCAAAACACGGGCUUUGGGGCGGCGGGAGGCUUCGGCACGUCUGCGUUCGGGGCGACGACAAACACUGGAGGACUGUUUGGAUCCACGCAGAAUAAACCAGGUGGGCUCUUUGGGUCCAGCACGUUCAGCCAGCCGGCAACUUCCUCCACCAGCACCGGCUUCGGUUUCGGCGCAGCGAGCGGCACCUCCACCAGCCUGUUUGGCAACACUGGCACAGGCACCACCGGCGGACUCUUCUCCCAGCAGAACAAUGCUUUCGGUGCCAAGCAAGCCACCUCGUUUGGAAGCUUCGGGACGAGCACCAGCAGCAGCGGCGGCCUCUUCGGCUCCACCAACACCACCUCCAACCCGUUCGGCGGGGCUACGUCCCUGUUUGGAGGUUCGGGGUUCUCCGCCACUCAGCAGCCGGGAACGACCGUGAAGUUCAACCCUCCGACAGGAAGUGACACAAUGGUGAAGGCGGGCGUGACAACGAGCAUCAAUACGAAGCACCAGUGCAUCACUGCCAUGAAGGAGUACGAGAACAAGUCUCUGGAGGAGUUGAGGCUGGAGGACUACCAGGCGGGCAGGAAAGGCCCAACCAACCCGAUGGCCCCGGGAACCGGCAGUCUUUUCGGCCAGGCCACGGCCACGCCCAGCGCCACCACCGGCCUCUUCGGAUCCUCGGCUCCCAACACCAGCUUCUCCUUCGGCCAGAACAAGAGCACCUUCGGAGGGCCAACUACCGGCAGUUUUGGCGCGACCACAGGCGGCCUGUUCAGUCAGCAGACCCAGCAGCAGGCCGGCAGCCUCUUCAAGCCCUUUGGUGCGACCACCACCGCCCAGAGCACCGGCUUCUCCUUUGGAAACACCAACACGAUAGGACAGGCCAACACCAACAGCAUGGGUUUGUUUGGGAACACGGCGGCGUCUCAGUCGGGCGGCUUGUUCGGCUCAGCGCAGACCAGCACCGCCACUGGUUUCGGGACAGCCACGGGCCUGUUCGGCCAAACCAACACUGGAUUUGGGAAUGUCGGCACUCAGAGUUUAUUCGGUAACAAGACAGCCGGGUUCGGCACCACCACCACCAGUGCCCCGUCCUUCGGCACCACCUCCGGCCUUUUUGGGAACAAGCCCACCCUCACACUGGGAACCGGAACCAACACCUCCACCUUCGGUUUUGGUGCAAACCCUGCUGGAGGAGGACUGUUUGGGAACAAGUCCACCACUGGAGCGCUGGGGACCGGACUGGGAACCAGCUUCGGAACAGCAGUCGGCCCCGGGCAGACACUGUUUGGCAACACUCAGAACAAACUGGGCACCACGCUGGGAACGAUGGGAACGUUCGGAACAACUGGGUUCAACAGUGGAACGAGCACCCUGGGAUUCGGAGCGACGCAGCCCGUCGCCCUCACAGAUCCCAAUGCAGCGGCUGCCCAGCAGGCCAUGCUCCAGCAGCAGCUCAGCGUGCUGGCGUACUCACCAUACGGAGACUCGCCGCUCUUCAGAAACCCGCUCUCAGACCCCAAGAAGAAGGAGGAGCGCCUGAAACCGACCAAUCCGACGGCUCAGAAGGCUCUGACCACGCCCACUCACUACAAGCUGACUCCGCGUCCUGCGACCAGGGUGCGGCCCAAAGCGCUGACGUCUUCCGGAGCCUCCAAGUCGCAGCUUUUUGACGGCCUGGAUGACGACGAGCCGUCGCUCACCAACGGAGCCUUCGUGCCGAGGAAGAGCAUCAAGAAGCUCGUGCUGAAGAACCUGAACAACAGUCAGUACAGCAGUCCUCUGAACAAGGAGAGCGACGACCUUGCCUCGCCGUCAGAGUACCCACAGAACGGACACAGCCACGUGGAGGAGGAAGAGGAGCAGCUGAGGAGGGUGGCGGGCCCCGGCAGGCGGGCCGACGACGACCCGGAGGUCACUCAGUUCUACGUCAACCCCAUCGCCAAGCCAAUCCCACAGGGCCGCGCCCACGCCAGCCCAGACACCAUCAGCGACCUGAACAUGCACAAAGGCUCGAGGAACGGCCUCGAGCUGAGCAACGAUGACGUGUCUGCGUCCUUCGGCGAGGAGUCUCUGCAGGAGGAGCGAGAGGAGGAGCAGCAGCUGUCCCAGCAGUCUCCGCACCCUGCAGGCAUCGUUCUGAAUCGUGUGGGCUAUUACACCAUCCCCUCCAUGGACGAGCUCGCCGACAUGGUGGACGAAAACGGGGAGUGCACCGUGGAGAACUUCACCAUCGGCAGGAAAGGUUACGGCUCCAUCUUCUUCCCCGGCGAGGUGAACGUGUCGGGACUGAACCUCGACGAAAUCGUCCACUUCAGACGCAAAGAGGUCAUCGUGUACCCGGACGACAAGAGCAAGCCGCCGGAGGGGGAGGGGCUUAACAGGCGCGCGGAGGUGACUCUGGACGGCGUUUGGCCGAACGACAAGACUGCGUGCACCCAGAUCAGGAGCCAGCGUCUGAGCGACAUGAACUACGAGGGCCGGCUGGAGAAGGCGUCGCGCAAGCAGGGAGCUCGCUUCCUGGAGUACCGCCCUGAGACCGGGUCCUGGGUGUUCGAGGUGGCGCACUUCUCCAAGUACGGCCUGCAGGACUCGGACGAAGACGAGGACGUCCCGCCGAAAGCCGAAGCCAAGAAGCUGAAGACGCUCCUCCUCCCGGCUGCAGCAGCAACAGCUUCCCCCCUCUCAGCAGCAGGCAUCGCCAUCAUGGAGCACCAGGGCGGCGCCAUCGAGCUCGACAGCGACAUGGCUGACAUCACCCAGAGCUUCCGACAGAGAGCAGCUGGGAGGAGAGGAAGACUGCGACUGCUGGCGUGCGAGACGGACAGACGAUCUCCAAGCUCGGCGUGGGCGGGGCUGGCCGUCCCCUUCACGCUGCCCUCCGGAUCGGAGCUUCAUUUAGGACGGUUGGCGUUCGGCGGCUCGGCGGCCCGUCCCCUCAAAGAGUCGAUCACUCACGGGAAGGGAGGUUUACUCAUGGACACCGGGCUGUUCGCCGUGCGCUCCUUCCGGGUCGGGUGGGGUCCCGGCUGGACGCUCGCACACUGCGGAGCAAACCGUAAGAGCCACGAACACGCCGCACGCCAACACAUCAGCCAGGCUGCGUCUAUAGUUACCAUGACAACAUGGCUCCAUUAUACUCACAGAAAGCCCUACAAGGUAGUGGUGGAGCAGGUGGUGGGUCUGGAGCCUCCCAGAGGGAAAACCAUUGAGAAGAGGAAGAUGAAGCGAGCCAGCGCUGCUGGGGUACUGGGCCGAGUCUGGACUCUGUGUGCGGCGCGUGGCCGGCUGGGCCCCUCGGAUCAGGAGGCCGAGGUGCUCAGCGAGUACGAGCAGCAGCUGGAGAGGAGGCGGAGCUUCUCGGCCUGGCUGUCCGGUGCCUCCCACAGGGUGGAGGAGGUGGCUUUGCGGGAAAG